AUGUACAAGCACGCCUUUGACUCCUACAUGACCCACGCCUUCCCGGCAGAUGAGCUGCGGCCUCUGACCUGCGAUGGCCGUCUCAAGCGGGAGCGCGGGGACCUCGACGCAAUGCUGGGGAACUACUCCAUGACCCUCAUUGACGCUCUGGACUCGCUGGUGAUUUUCAAGCGCAAGACAGCCUUUAAGGUAGCAGUUUCUUACAUUGGUGACAAUGUGCACUUCAACAAAGAUAUUGAAGUGAGCACCUUCGAGGUGAACAUCCGCACCUGGGCCAAGGCGCUCGACUUGGGAGACCGCCUGCUGCGGGCAUUCGACACGCCCACGGGCAUGCCACGCUCGCGGGUGAAUCUGCAGUCUGGCAUUCCCAAGGGUUCCUCCUCCACGGUGACCAUUGCAGAGGCUGGAUCCUUCUUGCUGGAAUUUGGCAUGUUGUCCGUGCUGUCCGGGCAGAGUCGCUUCUAUCACUCGGCGAAGCGCUCGCUGGUCUCCUUCUGGGGUCGGCGCAAUGUGCUGGACUUGGUGGGCACCUCCAUCGAUGUCAACACGGGCAACUUUGUGGACCAGAAGAGCACCACUGGACCGGGGACCCGCCCUCAGCAGGAUUCUUUCUUCGAGUACCUGCUGAAAGGCUACAUCCUGUUCCAGGAUCUGGAGCUGCUGGACAUCUUCCUCAGCGCCUAUGCGGCGGCACGGGUCCCGGACUCGCCGCUGCGACCGGAGCUCAUUGAAGCGAUUUUCUACCUCUCGCUGGCGCUGCCGGGGGAUGCGAUGGUCUUCGAGAUGUCCAAAUCCAUCGCGACGGCCAUCGACGAACAGAGCCGGGUGGCGUGUGGCUUUGCGUCGGUGGCGGAUGUCACCACCAAAAGGCUCGACAACAGGAUGGAUUCUUUCUUCCUGUCUGAGACGCUGGUGUACCUGUACCUGGCUGUUGCACCGCCAGAAGCUGCUCAGCCGCGCUCAGUUUGUGGCGGUCACACCUACGACAUGUCUUUCCUCCGGGCUGAGGAUCUGGCGGCCGCGUUGCCAUGGCCAAUUGGCGCCAGCAUCUUCACCACAGAAGGCCACAUCUUUCCACUGCAGGGCCUGCCACCUGGUGCCGACAUCCAGACCGUUCAGCGCAGUCAGGCGGGGUAUCGCAGUUUCAGCUCUUGGGACGGCCAGCGUGUGCUGAUCGUUUGGACAUGGUCGAAGUUGGUGCUCUCGCCCUUUGAGCGUGUAGCAGUGCAGCAGCGAUGCCGCACAAAGUAUCUGCUAACGCCUAGCUACCAGAUGCAGAUGGCCGCCGAGACCACACGCCGAUGCCGACCGCAAGUGGUGACGCUCCUUGUGUGGUCAGAUGGCGCCUUCACGGACAAUGCCAUGCACAUCACCGGCCUGGCUUCCUCUUUGGGCAGACCUGUGCCCGUGCGGAGGCCCAGGCAUGCGGCCGUGUGCCCUGCAUCCUUGGUCAGGCGGUGA